UCAAAGAGUAUAUAACGAGUGUAACUCUGUGCUCAAACUGCAGAUCCACCUGAAGGUGCUGAGAGUCAGUCAGUGCGUUCACCAGGGAUCUGAGAGAACACCAAGAUGCCGAGAAUCUUCUUCACUGUGUCUGUCCUUUUUGGGCAUCAAAUUGCUGCACGGGAUCCAGAGCAGGAGGUGAUUGACCUCUGUAAGGGUGUUGACUGUGUCGGGCCAGAUCAAGUCAUCCAGGACAAGAAUUAUGAUGAGGUGACAUACAUAAACUUACAAUAUGUUGAGGCAGAGGUUCAUGGAACGGAUUUGGAGCAAGUAGUGGAGCUCGGUCUGGACAAACUGUUCAAGUAUUCACGUUUUGGCAAUGCUGAAGAAACAAUAGUUCCUAUCACUGCACCUUGGGUACUCACUGGAUGCUUGGUAAAUGGAACAUUUCCACAGAGAUUCAAUGUAUGUGUGACCAUUGUAUUGCAAGCUGAUUGGCUGCAAUACAAUCUGAGGGAUUUUCCAGCCUUCCCUGUACAGGCAAGUGAGAUUCAGCAAGACCUGGACAAUAUCUGGGAUUGGGCUGACAGGUGGACUAUUCCCAACAAAACUGAUGGGAAACAAUAUGAAGAACUGGUCCUUGAUUUCAUGAAAGACUUGGAAGAAGACAAGAGAAUACUUAAUGGGAAAUUUAUUAUUGGUUGGUAUAAGAAAGGUAGACGAGCACAAAUAGCUUUCGAAAAGGAAUUGCAAUGA